GGGCGGCCUCUGCUUCGGGCCGCCAGCGGCUGCCUGGGCCCGGGGUCCUACUGCCGCCGCUGCCGAGCGCAGCCAUGUCGGCCGGGGGCGGCGGGCUGGGGACCCCCCGGGCCCUGCCCUCCUCCGGGCCCCGGGCUCUGCGGGACAUGCCGCAUCCGCUGGCCGCUUCCAGCAGCGAGGAGGCGGCCUCCGAGCUCACCCCCAGCCCGGACCUGCUGCUGCCCCGCAGCUUCGCGGACAAGGAUCUCAGUCUGCCCAAUGGCACUCCGGUAGAUACUUCCAGCCCAGCCUCCUCCUCCUCGCUGCUCAACAGACUGCAGCUGGAUGACGACUUGGAUGGGGAAACUAGAGACCUCUUUGUCACUGUCGAUGAUCCCAAAAAACACAUCUGUACAAUGGAGACCUACAUCACGUACAGGGUUACAACAAAGACCACACGGGCAGAGUUUGACUUGCCGGAAUACUCCGUACGCCGACGGUACCAGGACUUUGACUGGCUGAGGAAUAAGCUGGAGGAGUCUCAGCCAACACAUCUCAUUCCCCCUCUUCCUGAGAAAUUUGUGAUGAAGGGAGUUGUCGAUCGCUUUUCUGAAGAAUUUGUGGAGACGAGGAGGAAAGCUUUAGAUAAAUUCUUGAAAAGAAUUGCAGAUCAUCCAGUACUUUCUUUCAAUGAACAUUUCAAUGUGUUUCUCACAGCCAAGGAUCUUAAUGCCUAUAAAAAACAAGGAAUGGCGUUACUCUCCAAGAUGGGAGAGUCUGUAAAAUAUGUCACAGGCGGUUAUAAACUCAGAAGUCGACCGCUGGAGUUUGCAGCCAUCGGAGACUACCUAGAUACAUUUGUUCUCAAGCUUGGAACCAUUGAUAGAAUAGCACAGCGGAUUAUCAAGGAGGAACUGGAAUACCUGGUGGAACUGCGAGAGUAUGGACCGGUUUACUCCACCUGGGGUGGGUUAGAAGUGGAGCUAGCAGAACCCCUGGAAGGAGUGUCUGCCUGUAUCGGGAACUGCUGUACCGCUCUCGAGGAACUGAGUGAUGACAUGACAGAGGACUUCCUGCCUGUACUCAGAGAGUACAUCCUGUACUCGGAGUCCAUGAAGAACGUACUAAAGAAAAGAGACCAAGUUCAAGCAGAGUAUGAAGCAAAAUUGGAAGCUGUAGCUUUGAAAAAAGAAGACCGCCCCAAGGUGCCGGCAGAUGUUGAAAAAUGUCAGGACCGAGUGGAAUGCUUCAAUGCUGACCUGAAAGCCGACAUGGAGAGAUGGCAGAACAACAAGCGCCAAGAUUUUAGGCAGCUGCUUAUGGGAAUGGCCGAUAAAAACAUCCAAUACUAUGAGAAGUGCCUUACGGCGUGGGAGUCAAUUAUACCACUAUUGCAAGACAAACCUGAGACCAAAUAAGAAGCUCCAUAGCCCACAGACUUCUCUACACAAGUGCACAGUACCACUAAACAACCUGCUGGAGCUGUGUGAUGCACUACUUUGUUGAGAGUUACCUGAGAAAUGCCAGCUAUGCCCAGUCUGUUAUAGACCCAUUGAAAAGCAUUUGGACUUCUUCCUCUUUUUGUGUUAAAUCGGUAUGUUUCAUCUUUUGAGUUACCAUAACGGUUCCUUCUCCAGCCUCUGGAGUGAUCGUGGGCUUGUAAUGGAAAUACACAGGGAUCAAGUUGCUUCUUGAUAAAGAAAACGUUACCUCUUUAUUCUAGAAGGAACUCAUGAGUGGAAUACUAAAAAUAUGAAAAUAAAACUCUAAACUGCAAGGUGCCAAUAUGACAUCUUUAUUACCAUCCUCUUUGUUUGCUAAAUAAGGAUUGAUUCCCAUGAAACAGUGCCCACCAACCCACCCUUCUUUUUUUGUGUUUUUUUUUUUCUUGAUGGAGAGGGAAUAGCCAGAAGUGGACACUUACAAUUUGUAAACUCCCUGGAUUAAGCAAUUUUGGAGCUGAAUCUUUGUGUGGGAGUUUGGGCUGGUCCUAGAUUGGAACAUACUGACACUUCUGCAGAAAGCUCGUGAUGCAGACCUGAACUGUGAUUCAUGAGCAUGGCAUGCACUCUGUUCAUACUCAUUUGUUUACCUUUGGUGAUAUGAAGUAAUGUAAGUUGACUGAAGCACACAUGUGAGAUUUGGGGAUCAAAGGAGGACUGGUGUGUGUGUGGGAGGGUGAGUUUAUGAUGUGGCCUUACAAGUUGUCUCAUGGGAACAAAUACUAGUCUGUUAACAUUUUAUCCCCAAAUUGAGCAGAGACAGUUCUGUGAUAGGAUUCUUUGAUCCAUGCUUUCACUUGUUUUCAGAACAAUAUAAGCUAGAUCGGAAUCCCUCUGAACCUCCCUCUGGCCUUAGUCAUUUAAAACAUGCCCAUCAUAGUAAGGAUGGGUUCUUGCUUUUUGCCUUUUUUCUUUCACAGCAGCCAAACCCCGCAAAGAGUCAAGAGCUUGCUGACACCAGGUAUCAUUGUGCAUGUGUGAAACUUGCCGUAAACAUGUCAAUGGCAGGUAAUAGAGGAAAUAUCUUUUUUUCCCCAUUAUGUACGUUUAGUGGUCAUGCUUGUCUCUGAUCCUCAUUGAAAGGUCUUCUUAAGAGUUGCCCUUUUUAGGUUUAAACCUUUUUUCCUACCAGGUUUUGUCAACCUUAAUCUGCAGAAUCUUUUCCUUUCCUUAUCCAGUCUUUCCAGUUCACCACCUUUUGUUGCUAGUGGCUUUAGAACCUGCCAAAGGAAGGAGCACUGCCAAGACUGGUUACAGAUACUUUGAACCUGUUAAGUCUUCGUUUGCUGCUUAACCAGCUUGUUUCCUCUGAUAGGAACUCCAGGGUUUGUUUAUUUUGGCAAACAGGAGUGUAAUAUUCAGGAUUCUAGGGUCAGCAAACAACUUUUUGUUGUUUUUAUAUCUCAUUUUCUAUCAAAGCUAUUGGAAUGCUCAGUCGAUCCCUGGCACGAUUCUGGCAAGGAAUCCAAAGUUUAAUUAAAAAGAAAAAAACCAACUCAUUUCUUAUUUGUAUCCCAUUUACAAAGACCAUGCAAAUUCCAUUUAAUUGUGGAUUGUCUCCAGUUAAAUUAAAUGCUACAACAUUUACCUGAAGUUUCUUCAGGUUUGCAUAGUCUCUGUUCAAACAACUAUUACAUAAAAGUUGGGGCUGUUAAAUUAUUAACAUGGGGGAAUCACUGGGCAUAAAAUUUGUCACGUUUUUAAGGCAGUUUUUCUACUUGACUAUGUCAUUUUCAUUGAUGUAAUUUUGUGAUUCUAAACCUGCAGUUCCAAUUUCUCAGCAUACGUUUGCUGGGUGAAAUCAGGGACCUUGCCUCAGGUGGCUGGUUGAAAUUGCAGCAUAGUAACAAUAUUGUGUUAGUAGAGCGAGGGAAGACUUUAGUAAGAAAUGAUUCUCUAACAAUCACUGAUUUUUUUUUCUCCCUUAAAUCUUUGUCUAUUCGUCCUCUCUCCAAUUGUUUGAUAUUAAGAUUUGAUAAUUAAGGCCUAGUUGAUUUGCUGGGGCAUAUUGGACAGGAGUCGCUCUGAUUUGCAGUGCUGUGCUUUUUGUCAUUAAUUCAUAUCAUUUAACAUAUGAAAAUGAUAGAAAACAAAAGGUUUCAUGUGGUGAAACCAGAGAAUUGUUUAACCCCUCCGAAUACAGUUUCUACCUUGUCAAAUUGGUUAGGUUUUUGAACAUAAUUGUCUCUGAAACAUCAGCAUAAACCUAGGGUCAAGUAAAUUUAUCUUCAACUUCCCCAAUGAACAGGAAAGACUGAUUAGGGAUUGAGAAAUGGCAGCUUUUUCUGGCACUGUUCUCUCACAGAAUGAUCAACUAAGCUGCAUUUCUGCUGAGCAUUUUUU